GAACAACAACAGCUGACAACAGAGAGAGACGGACCCGACCACCACAAACUCUCGUCAAUUCAGCUAAUAUUGGUGAAUGCAGUGUUCAGGUGACAUACCGUGAGUGAUAUACUGAUGUUAAGGCAUAUUCUCAAGCGCCAGUAUGAUCCUCUCGACAACAGCCUCCUUCAACCCCUCGCUAAGGGCAAUGAGUGCCUUUUGCAGAGGAUGUCGCUGCUGCAGGCAAUGGAGGUUCACAGAGGCUGCGUUAACACUGUUGUGUGGGAUUCACCUGGAAACCUACUGCUUUCUGGCUCUGAUGAUCAACACCUUGUUAUAUGUGACCCUUGGGAACGAAUGACCAAAAUACGCAUCCAUACUGCACAUCGUGCUAAUAUCUUCAGUGCCAAGUUCUUGCCUCAGACUGGCAACAGAAAGAUUAUUUCAUGUUCUGGGGAUGGCAUUUUAAUAUAUACAGAUGUUGAGAGGCAAGAGGAAACUCACGACUGUAAGUUUACCUGUCACCUAAGCACAUGCUACGAUGUCAUUACGCUUCCUGACGAUCCCCACACUUUUUUUUCUUGUGGAGAGGAUGGCUUUGUGCGAUGGUUUGAUUUGAGGACCAAAGAGCAGUGCUCUGCUCGAAAUUGUCAAGAGGACAUACUGCUGAAUAUGGGUCGUGCUGUGACGGCAGUGGCAGUCAACCCCAUUACUCAAUACCACAUGGCCGUAGCGACUCAAGAUUCCACCAUCCGAAUAUAUGAUCGACGCAUCCUUGGUACCCGGGCAACUGACUCGUAUUUGGAGCAGACUGACCGAGCACUUUUAAUGCGGCUUAAGCCAGACAAUAUGGAAGGGAAGAAUCACCGUGUGACAUCCCUGCGUUACAGUCAAGAUGGACAGGAAGUUCUCGCCAGUUAUUCGUCAGAUUACUUGUACCUUUUUGACACACAGAGUUAUAAGGAAGUAUCCUCAGGAGCUCCUGCAGAUAAUGAUUUAGAUAACAAUUCGGGCCCCACACUCAAGCGCCUUCGUUUGCGUGGUGACUGGUCUGACACUGGCCCACAAGCACUACCUGAAAGCGAGAUGCGAAACCAAGCAGGAGAUGUUGGACAAGCAAGGCCAACUUUGCAUGCUACACUCAUGCAAAGAAUGACAGACGUUUUAUCUCGUAUGCUAAAUGACCCUGGAACAAGAGCCUCAGUCCAGCGUUCAGCCUCAGAAUCUGAAUCUUCUCAAAACCGUUCAAAUUCUCUCAUAGAAACAGGUGGUGAUAUUGAUGUUGGUGCAGAAGGUGAUCAGUCACCAUCAUCUAACACGGAUGCUCAGCCAUCUACAUCAGACCUUGCAAAUGAGAUUCCACAUGCUUCACCGCCGGUCGAAGGCUCUGCAGAAGAGGUUGCGCCAUAUUCCCCCACUUUGGAAGCUACUCCUUCUUGCUCACACAUUGACAGUUCUAGUGGCUCAAAGUCUUCAGAAACAGAAUCACAGAUAGUUUAUCCAGACAAAACAGCAUUUUCUUGCUUAUCAAGUUCAACAAAGCAGCAAUCUCUGCCAUCACAAUCUGAUACAAAUGAAGUCACAACAUAUGAUAUGGAAAUUAAUAGUUCAAAAUGUGAAGCAAGUAGCCAUGUGGAUGAGGUAUCCAUAAAUAGCACACAUCCAACAACUGUUCAAGAAAAAGUAAUAGACUCCAAUUUGGAGGGUUUACAAAAUAGGAUUUCAUCGCUCAGGAGAGGAUUUGUACAAAAACAUCAGGUGGAACCAUCUGUGAAUCUGUCUUACUCAGGACGAGGGGUUGGCAGUGGUAUGAUAAGUUUGGGAGUUGGCGACGAAGUAUCCCGGGGUAGUGGUCCGCACCACGAAGAACCUAGCAGCUCCCAGCCAGAUUCACUACCUAGCUCAGUUCAGCCUCAGUCAAACCAGAUCUCACAGUCCCACCAACCUUGUGAAGGAAAUGCACCUGAACAAGCCUCGUGUUCAUCUUCCUCUUCAUCGUUAUCAUCCUCAUCUUCGUCUUCGCGUCACCCCACUGCGACCAAAGUUCAUAUAUUACCCACCUCAAGCUCUAGUCCAGCCAUCUGUGAUAUGGAAGUAGAACCAUCGUCAUCUAGUCAGGCAGGACGCGGAGGACUGGGUUCUGAAUCUGUAGCAGCGGGUUCAUCUAGUCAUGGGACAAGAGCCAGUGAAUUAAAUUUAGGACCUGCUCUUGAUUUUGGAGAUGAUGACAGUGAUGAUGAGUCAACAAGUGCCAGGACUGCCAGUGCGCGCAUGGCUAGUGCAAUUGAGCGUGCAGUUCAGCGUGCGCGAGGUGAGCGUGCCCCAGGUGUUGGAGGCGAGGUAGAAAAUACAGUACCACAGGCAGCUGUGAAACAGUGUUACAAAGGCCAUAGAAAUGCCAGAACUAUGAUAAAAGAAGCUUGUUUCUGGGGAGAUCAUCAUGUCAUGUCGGGUUCAGACUGUGGUCGUGUUUUUGUCUGGGAGCGUAAGACUGGGCGGCUAGUGAUGCUGUGGGAGGCUGAUCGACAUGUUGUAAACUGCCUACAACCACACCCAACUCUCCCAGUCCUGGCUACAUCAGGCAUUGACUAUGAUCUGAAACUCUGGGCACCUUUGUGUGAAGAAUCUCGUUUUGAUGAAACUAAGGCUCAAGAGAUAACUCAGCGUAAUGAGGCACUAUUAGAGGAGACACGUGAUACAAUUACUGUACCUGCAACCUUCAUGAUCCGCAUGUUGGCUUCACUUAACCAGAUUAGACGUGGCACCUCGCUUGCAGAACGCUGGAGGAAUCGACGUCAAGCACGCAGACAAGGUGAAGAGGAUCAAAGUAAUAGUGGAGAGUAAAAUAAAUAGAGAAUAUAAUGAAUUUCAUGCUUGUUUUGUGAUGGACUGAUCUAGUACUUGUUGGAUACUUCCUCUAAACUCUUAAUGUGUUAGAGUGAAUGACGGUCUAAUUUAUGAAUGUUCUACGAGCUGCUGACUAACCAAAAUUCUUGUCAGGCAACCCCAACACCCUCACCUUACUAAGUAAGAAAGUCUCGAGGUAGGAUGAGGUUUAGGUGCUAUAUUGAGUUUGGAGUGUUACAUUGGGCUGUUUUCUGCCAUUUUUUAUAAUUAACAAGAAAUCUUUCUUGUUCAUUUUUUGUUAGGUGUGAAAGUUAGCUAGAAUUCAAACUAGAAUGAUUUAAAAUGUGCAUUUUCAGCUUUAUUUUUAAAUUGUGGCUCAUAAUACUCCCCUCCCUCAGAGUAGUAAUUAAAUUAUCUAAAUAAUGUUUACUGUUUGUAUUAAAAAAAUUACAUUAGAAUUUUUUUCUGUUUAAUAGCAAGAAAAACUAAAUUUUUAUCAGGUGAUGCACAUACAAUAACCAGGAUAGUAUGCAGUAUGUGAAGGUUCAGCUUGGAAGCUGUAGCGAGGCAUUGUAUGACCAAUAAUGAUACUUCAUGCAAAACACCAAUUAGUUGCCUUAAUGUGAGUCUGACUCAGCUUCAGACUGAUGAUAACAAAUCACACCAAAGUGAUGCUUGAAUAUCCGUAAAUGUAUAAUAUUGUUCUGUUGUCAUUAUUGUGGCGUAGGAUGUUCUUAGGGCACUUUUUCUCCUUAUAAAUUUAUUGUGUUAGUGAGAGAUGAAGUUGGGUGCAAUAGCAUAGUGGGAAGUGCUGUGUACAUCUAACCUAAAAGUUCAAUCCUGUUGUCAGGCAGGAUUUGGAAAGAAGAUAUUUUAUAAGGUGCAUAUUGCCUCUUUCUUGGCAAGACCAUAAACGUGACUAACAUUUAUUUGGGUCUUGUCAUAAUACAAAGCUAUGGGAUAUGGCAGAAAGGAUAUUCAGCUAAAUGAAAUUAAAUUAUAAGACAUGGUUUUAGGAAAGAUGGUGACAUAGAUAUUUUAAUACUGUGGUGGAACACUGCUGUCAACUCUUGAUACAGUUGUCUCCCAAUAUUUUUUUUGUUAAAGAUGGUUGGAACCUGUAAGAUAUUGAUGCAGUUAGAGUUUGGAUAAUAUUACCCAUCUUGUUUUAAAACAAUUUUACAGAAAUCUACCUGUAUUUAGGCAUUCAGUUAAUGCAUUGGCUAUAGUAAUAAGAGUUUGAUCAGUUUUGCAAGUUAAAAUUAUAUAUUUUGUAGUGGUGCCUUGCCUGUACAGUAUAUUCCAAAGAACCAGAAUAAUUAGCUUCUAAUAUGGAAGGUCAGUGGAAAAAAUCAAACAAGCUGUCUCUACUAGAGACAACUGUAAGCAAGCUCCAACUUCUGCUUACAUACUAAAUUGAGAUGAAGUAGAGAGUAGCAUUGAGACUUGAAGAAUGUCACAAUUUAUAAAAUAUUCAUUUCUUUUUUUAAUUUAGACAAUUUUUGUGUAAAGGUGAUGUCGCUCUUAUUUAGGGCUCAUUUAUGUUACUGUGUUGUAAUUAUUGUUGUCCAGGAAUUGCCUUGGUUUCUCUUUACCCAAAUCCUCACCAUAUGCAACCAUCCUUAGCUUAAUUUAUAUUUUCUAGUCUAUAUGGUAUUGAAUAUAAUCCCAGAUUAAUUUUAACAAAGAAAUUGUCUUUGGUAGAAGUUGAUUUAUGUAAUUACAUUACUUUAUAUAUGUAUAACAAAAAAAGUGCAAUAGCACACUGGUCAACAAAAUUUAUACCCACUUAGGAAAAAUUAUGAAAACAAAAGCAAUACAGUACUGUAUUUAGUUUUCAGUGAUGGUCUCAGUUCAGGAAUUAAAUAGUUUGUUGUCUAGUGGAUAUAUGUACAAAUAUUUGGGCACUAAAGUACAUUACAUAAAGACAUGGGUGCUAUAAAAGGCAGGCAAGUCCAGGCAUCAGGAAAUGUGGUGGUGCUUUGUUGUACAGUAUUAAGUCUCUCUGUUAAAAACCUGGACCUAAUUUACAUCUCUGCUAUGAGGUGCCAUCUUUAUGAAGUGGGAAAUUACUGAAGUUUUUUUUUUAUGUAAACUUGUUGUGGCUGUUGUAUAGCACUAGUUUAUAUCCUUCUCGAAUGUAAACUAAUUUAUAUUUUAAAGAUGCCACAUUGGCUUCAAAUUUUUUUUAUUGAGCAAUACAAUAGUUCAGAAUGUUUGUCAUAUAUGGAUAUCUCUGAAUAAGGAUUAGAGAUUGUUUAAAGGAAUGAUAACAACUUUGGUAAAUAUGGAGUGAAAAUCGACAGGAAGAUAAUGAAACUCCACUGUAUUCAUCCCAGACUUUGUAGUGGUCUAAACAUUUUAUUUAUUUACUUUUUUAAGCAUUUUAUUUAAGAUUUACAGAUCCCAGCAGUUAAUGUCACAGCAUAAAAACAGGUUAAAAUUAAGUUUAUGGUUCCUUCCUUCAACUUCAUCUUACUUUAAUAAAACAAGUUGAAGUUCA